CGUUUACUUUCAAGAUCCAAGAACGAAACUAAAGAUCCGAAGAGGAAGCCUCGAAUUGAAAAAAACACAAUAACAAAGCAAUGGCACAGCAUCAGCAUUCUCCUCAAAGGCCAAGAGAUGAGGAAAACACACGGCCACAUGAUCAAUACGGCGACGUUUUCAACGUCUCCGGAGAUGACGUGGCGAGAAAGCAAGGCGUUGGUUUCCCUCAACCCGAUCCAACGGUUGCGAAGAUGCGAUCCGUAGACACAGUUACGAUCGGGGAGGCUUUGGAGGCUACGGCUUUGUCGCUUGGUGAUAAGCCUGUCGGCCGUAAAGACGCAGCUGCGAUACAAGCGGCUGAAACUAGAGCCACAGGUGAGUUUAAGACUCGGCCCGGUGGUCUUGCCGCAGCGGCUCAGGCGGCUGCUGCUUCUAACGAACAGACGGUGUCGGAGGAAGACAAAGUGACGAUAGAAGACAUUCUCACAGAUGCCGCGGAGAGGCUUCCAGGAGACAAGGUGGUGACAAGUGAAGAUGCUGAGGCGGUGGUUGGAGCGGAACUUAGAAGCAGUUCAGAGAUGAAGACAACUCCUGGUGGUGUGGCGGAUUCCAUGUCGGCGGGGGCAAGGCUUAAUCAACACCUCUAACUCAGUUUCGCUUCCUUUGGUAUCUCUUGGGUCACUAAUGAAGACUAUGAAGUUGUACAUGAAGGAAUCAAAGAGAUGUUUUAUCUAUCAAGUGGCUCAUUUAUAAUGCUUAUAGAAACUCUCUACUCUUGGUUGCAAGAAUUUUUACUUGGUGAUUUUAAAAUGGUUAGACCAUUUGUAAACCCGAUGAUUUUAAAAUGGUCGUCCCACCUGUAACGGAUCUUUAAUGAUUAGAGAAGUUCACCUACGAUGAAAUAUGUAUCACUCGAUAGGUAUC